UUGGGGCAAAGUGAACCGUUGGGGCAAAGUGAACUAUCUUUUUAAAUUUUAAAUUAUUCGCGCCAGUAAUACAGUUUCAAACGUAAAUUUAAUAUAUUUAAGUUGGUAACAGUGUGCUUACGACGAGAACACGUUUGACGAAAGCUGCUAAGUUGUGGAUGAAAUUUUUAUUUUAUCGUGGUAAAAUUCUAAUCUGGUAAAAUGGUUAGAACGUAUGUUCGUAAAAGCAAUCAACAGUCUUGGUCAGAGGAAUCGAUGAAAAAUGCUAUUGAUGCUGUUCGGGAGGGAACAUUAAAAUAUAAAGCAGCUGAUACACAGUUUAAUGUGCCACCAGCAACGUUAUUCCGAAGACUGAAACUAGAUAGAACAUCUGACCUGGCAGCUAAGAAAAGGCUGGGUAGAUUUAGAACAGUAUUUACGCCAGAACAGGAAAACGAAUUAAAUGAGCAUGUACUUGACAUGGAACGACAUAAUUUGUUUGGUUUAACGAUUCAGAAUUUUAGGCACCUUGCCUAAUAUUCUGCACACUUUGUCUCAAGAAAAACAACUAGCAGGAAGAGGCUGGGUUUCCAAAUUUAUGCAAAGACACCAUAACUUAUCUCUUCGAACACCGGAGGCAACAUCUGCAGCCCGAGCAUCUGCAUUUAAUAAAGUAAAUGUCAAAAAGUUUUUUGAUCUUUUAAAACAUCUUAUGGACACUUACAAUUUUCCCCCAGUAGAAGUUAUAACUGUGACGAAACUGGAAUUAGUAUAGUUCCAAAUAGACAAUCCAAAGUGGUAUCUCUUAAAGGAAAAAAACAGG